UCGUGUUUGAAUUCUACUGGUUUUCUGUUAUUUUAGUUGUUUUGUGAUAUGGGUUUUGUAAAGAAUGGAUUUUUAGCUAUGGUUGAUAUCUUGAGGUUUUGCUCUCUCUCUCUCUCUCUCUUAUUUUAUUUGCUCAUAACUGUCUCUCUCUCUAAUGUUAUUUGCUCAUGAAUCUUUGGGUUGUCUCUGUCAUGAAUCAUCCGUACUGUGGAUUGUGAAUGAUGGGAGUUUUCAAAAAGGGGUGUAUGAUUUUUUACAGUGCAAAAAUGGUUUUAAUCUUACCCAAAUCGUCUGGCUUUUGGUUAUCUAGAACAAUCGACAUGUACCAUGGUUUAUGGAAGAUGGGCUUUUCUCAACACUUGGGGAGGUUUUUCUUGAAUUCUAUUUGGUUUUCUUUUUCCUCAGUAGUUUUCACUUCAAACUUCUCUCAUGAUUACCUGUAUUUUGAUUCAUGGACUAUUUUGCUUAUUUCAAUGGAUCAUUGGGAUUUACAGAUUCCUAAUUUGUUUUGCUUUUUAUUUUUAAUUUUGUCUUCUGCUGCCUUGAUUAUUUCCCAGCACAGUGAUUUAUGCCGGAUGUUACUUGUUUGUUUUAGUGGAUAGGACUUUCCAUUUACUAGUUUCAGUUUUUCUCAUAGGGGAUUACUAAUUCUAUCUCAAUUUUCCUCAUGGUCAUUGGCUCUUUUCAUUUUUUGGUUUUCACCUUAAUUAGCCUCUGAGAUUUCCUGAUGGCUAUCUGAGUUUCAUCUUUUGCAUUUUGAUUAAACAUUCUGGAUUUAGUUUCUUAAGAACUGAUUUGCAGUAUAUAUGAGAUUCUUUUUUUUCUACCCCUUGUUAUUGAAUGGAUCCAUCUAAAGUUCUGCUGAGCCAUUCAUUUCUGUAUUUGCUCAAGCUUUUAUUGAUUGAAAAUUAAGUGUGAUCUAUAUGCACUAGAACAUGAAAUUCUGAUUAUAUAUAGAUAUUGGUAAAGAAUUACUGUAUCCUUUUGAGAUUAACAUCGAGUUGAACUAAUUUCCGUGAAAUUUCAAUGUCAUAAAGAAUUCAAUAUGCUUAAUUUUUGGUGUCUAGAAAUAUAGUGAAAUGCAUGGAUCCUGAAAAGUCUUCUAGGGAUAUUCAGAUUGUUUCUACUUGUCUCUGGUAUAGCUCAGAUGCCACCAUGCAUUCAUUAUAUUUAUUAUACUGUGUUUUCAUUGGAAUGAAAAAAACAACGCGAUAAUAUGGUUCUCAAUAGAUUCACUGCUCAAAUCUAGUUUAUACAGUUUAUUUGGAAUGGGGUUCCUUUUUUUCCCUUCUUUCCUAUUGUAGAUGAGGGUUGAAAAGUGGCAUUUUGCUGAUUUUUACAAUGCUAUAAGGGCUUGCCAUAACAAAAGCUGCUAUCCGUGCAUGGAGCACCAUCGGAGAAGUAGGGAUUAUGCGGAUUUACCACAUCUCUUCGCUUUCCCAAGUACACUAUUAGCAAAUGACCCUUUAUACGAAGUUGUACUCCAUGGAGUCAUUGCUGUCUAAUGGAAUGUUGUACAGUGCUAAGGGAGAGCGGGAUCUUCAACUGGGGUCAUAUCCUGUUCUGGAUAUUUGAGAAUGACUUCUUCAAGCAGGACUGGCGAAAUUGUGGCUGUGGGCAUAUACUUCAGUAUAUAUUCUUGAAGUGGACAUUGUGCUUUCUAUUAGGCAUUUUAACUGCCUUGGUUGGCUUUUUCAAUAAUUUAGCUGUUGAGAAUGUAGCUGGGAUCAAGUUCGUCAUAACUUCCAAUCUGAUGCGUACCAAUAAAUAUUUUCAAGCAUUUGCAGUUUUUGCAAGCUUUAACUUCUUUCUCACUCUAUUCUCAUCAAUCAUCACUGCAUGUAUUGGUCCUGCGGCUGCAGGAUCUGGCAUACCAGAAGUCAAGGCCUAUUUGAAUGGUGUCGAUGCCCCAGAAAUCCUUUCUUUACGUACUCUAAUCAUUAAAAUUAUAGGUAGCAUUGGAGCCGUCUCAGCAUCGCUCAAUGUGGGAAAGGCAGGCCCUAUGGUACAUACUGGUGCUUGUAUUGCAUCAUUACUAAGCCAGGGAGGGUCAAAGAAAUACCAUUUAACUUGCAAAUGGUUGCGAUACUUUAAAAAUGACAGAGAUAGGAGGGAUCUUGUAACAUGUGGCUCAGCUGCUGGUAUUGCUGCUGCCUUUCGUGCUCCAGUUGGUGGUGUUCUGUUUGCUCUCGAAGAAGCAUCAUCAUGGUGGAGAAGUGCCCUUCUAUGGAGAACUUUCUUCACAACAGCAACCACAGCCGUUGUGCUUCGGGCUCUAAUAGAUUUUUGCAAAUCCGACAAGUGCGGGUUAUUUGGAAAAGGUGGUCUGAUUAUGUUUGAUGUGAAUUCAGUAAACAUCACAUACCAGCUUGUCGAUCUACCACCAGCGAUUGUUCUCGGAGUCAUUGGUGGAAUACUGGGCAGCUUCUACAACUACCUGCUUGAUAAAGUUCUCCGAGUUUACAGCCUCAUUAAUGAAAAGAAACCCCCUUACCGUUUGCUGCUGGCCUGCACUGUCUCCAUUUGCACCUCGUGCUGCCUAUUUGGCCUUCCAUGGCUCGCUCCCUGCCGAAAAUGCCCAACCGAUACCAUCGAGGAGUGCCCGACAAUAGGCAGGUCCGGCAAUUUCAAGAAGUUCCAGUGCCCCCCUGGCCAUUACAAUGACCUCGCAAGCCUCUUCUUCAAUACUAACGAUGAUGCCAUUCGUAACCUCUUUAGCUUGGGCACCGACAAUGAGUUUCACCCUCUAUCUAUUCUCAUCUUCUUUUUUGCAACAUAUAUACUUGGAAUUCUAAGUUAUGGCAUAGUUGUCCCAUCCGGUUUAUUUGUGCCAGUUAUAUUGACUGGUGCAACGUAUGGGAGGCUUGUGGGUAUUUUGAUGGGUUCACGGUCGACCCUUAACCAUGGCCUUUAUGCAAUUCUCGGAGCUGCUUCUCUUCUUGGAGGCUCAAUGAGGAUGACUGUUUCUUUGUGUGUAAUACUCUUGGAAUUGACGAAUGACUUGUUGAUGCUUCCUCUUGUCAUGCUUGUCCUUUUGAUAUCGAAAACUGUAGCUGAUGCUUUCAAUGGGAACAUAUAUGACCUUAUUAUGCAGAUUAAGGGUUUACCAUAUCUAGAGGCCCAUGCUGAACCUUACAUGAAGAAUUUGACCGCUGGUGAUGUGGUGGUGGGCCCACUUCAUAUUUUCAAUGGUGUAGAGAGGGUGUGUAACAUAGUGCAUUUGUUGAGGGCAACAAAGCACAACGGUUUUCCUGUUGUGGAUGAGCCCCCUAAUUCAGAAUCUCCAGUUUUGUUUGGUUUGGUCCUUAGGGCUCACCUUCUUAUGCUUCUCAAGAAACGGGAGUUCUCUCACACCCCAGCUCUUGUUGGAGUGGACGCGUUUAAGCACUUUUCGUUUGAUGACUUUGCAAAGAGGGGAUCAGGCAAAGGCGAUCAGAUUGAAGACAUCGAGUUGAGUGAUGAAGAGAUGGAGAUGUUUGUUGAUCUUCAUCCAUUUGCCAACACUUCCCCAUAUACAGUAGUGGAGACAAUGUCGCUUGCCAAGGCUCUCAUUCUCUUCCGACAAGUUGGGUUGAGGCAUCUCUUGGUUGUGCCAAAGACACAUGGUAGAGCACCUGUUGUGGGGAUACUGACGAGGCACGAUUUCAUGCCGGAGCAUGUCCUAGGCUUGCACCCCUACCUGAAGGGAAGCCAAUGGAAGAGAAUGCGUUUUCAGCUAUUCAGUUUGGCUCAAUUAUUUUUGGGGUGGUGUGGUUAAGAAAGAGAAAAAAAGCGUUGAGAGAAGAGCUCAAUAAGAACUGGGCAUGUUAGUUUUUGAGCUUCCAUGACCUGAGUUUUAUGGGUUUCUUCCUCUUAUACAAGAAACAAUGUGGGGUUUCUUAUCUCAAUGUCAAAGAUAGAGAUGAGAGCAAUGAUGUUGCAUUGCUACAAUCAGGGAAUUCUGAUAAUUCAAUUGGCCUUCUUGGAUAGAUGUAAAUGCUUCAGAAGCUAAUAUAUAAUAAAAUAUAAAAUGAGGGAAUUGUUCCUCCUAACUGCUUAAUUCAA